AUGAGUCACCGUAACUCAAUCGAUUUCAAAAAGAAGAACAAACAACAAUCUAUAUCGGGUUCCAUCUCAGUGUCAUUAGGUUUACAACAAGAAGAAGAACCUCGUGAUGAUUAUUUUGAUGAUGAAAAUGUAAAUAAUAAUAAUUACAUGGGUCGGUCCUAUGUGAGUGGAUUCCUCUCUGUUUCACCUGCCCUAAUGGGAUCUAUGAAACAGGAUGAAGAAUCGUUGCCAAUGGCUUACAAUGGUGGCCAACGAUUGUUUAAUAGACCAAUCCAUGCUUCUGAAAAAUUGCAUAAACAAACUGCUGCCAUAUCUGAAGACUUCGAAGAUGAUGAGGAUGAUACCAGAAUUAAAGAUUACAUUACCUUGUUCCAAGGUGAAGAUAAUGGUCUAAUGGCAGAUAAAAAUGAUAGUCUUGACCAGCGACUGGGACUGGGACAAGACGAAGAAGCUGAAGAAGAUUUUAUCGAACCUGUCGCCGAAGCUGCUGAUGUAGAUGAAUCCUCUAGAUUACUCAUUUCACCAUUGUCUUCUAAUAUUAAUCCUAAUAUCGAUGACUUAUUGCCCACCGUCACGGGAGAAGAUGUAUCCUCGUAUCAAUCCAUAUACAGAACUGCAACACCGUCUCUUUCAAGAAACUCUGAAACAAUAUGGCAAAACAUUGCUGAUUUCCCUUAUCAAUUCAUCCAUUAUCUACCUGCCGCUGUUUUGGGUCUUCUACUGAAUAUUCUUGAUGCUUUAUCAUAUGGUAUGAUUAUUUUUCCCAUUACAGAACCAAUAUUUUCGCAUUUAGGCCCAACUGGUUUAUCAAUGUUCUAUAUUUCCACUAUAAUAUCACAAACGAUUUAUUCUAGCGGGUGGUCGAGUUUCCCCAGUGGUAUCGGAAGUGAAAUGAUAGAAGUGACACCAUUUUUCCAUACGAUGGCAUUAGCAAUUAAAGAAACACUUCCGGGAAGAGAUGACGAAAUUAUUACCACUACAAUUUUUUGUUAUGUAAUUAGUUCUAUGUUAACUGGUUUAACAUUUUACUCUCUGGGCAAAUUGCAUUUAGGGAAAAUUGUUGGCUUUUUCCCACGUCAUAUAUUAAUUGGAUGUAUUGGAGGUGUUGGUUAUUUCUUGCUUGUUACCGGUAUAGAAGUAACCACUAGAGUGGCAAAAUUCGAAUAUUCAAUACCAUUCCUUGCUAGUCUAUUUUCCGAUUGGGCUACCCUUUGGAAGUGGUUAUUACCUGUAUUAUUGACUGUAAUAUUGAUUGUAACUCAACGUUGCUUUAAGAAUUCAUUGGUCUUACCAUCAUUUUAUAUCCUAACAUUAAUCCUUUUCCAUUUUAUUGUAGCCAUUAUUCCAAGCCUCACUCUAAAUCAAUUAAGAGAUUCUGGUUGGAUCUUCCCCAUCGCAAUCUCUAAUUCAAAAUGGUACGACCAUUAUAAAUUAUUCGAUUUUAAGAAAGUCCAUUGGACAUUAGUCUUCAAACAAAUACCUACAAUGCUAGCAUUGACAUUUUUUGGUAUCCUUCAUGUUCCCAUUAAUGUCCCUGCAUUAGCCAUGUCAUUACACUUGGAUAAAUAUGAUGUGGAUAAAGAAUUAAUAGCCCAUGGGUUAUCUAAUUUUAUUAGCGGCGCCGUUGGAUCCAUCCAGAAUUAUUUGGUUUAUACAAACAGUGUUCUCUUUAUUCGUGCUGGGGCAGAUUCUGCGAUGGCCGGUUAUAUCUUAAUAAUAUUAACUGCUAUUGUGAUGUUCAUUGGACCAGUAAUAAUAUCCUUCAUUCCUAUUUGUAUUGUGGGAUCUUUAAUAUUUCUUUUGGGUUAUGAAUUGUUGGUGGAAGCCCUAUGGGAUCCUUGGGGCAAAAUCUCCAAUUUUGAAUAUAUUACCAUUGUUAUUAUUGUUCUUACGAUGGGUAUUUUUGACUUUGUUUUAGGUAUCAUCGUCGGUAUUUUAAUUGCCUGCUUCUCAUUUUUAAUCGAUAGUACUAAAUUGCAAACAAUUAAUGGAGAAUAUGAUGGAACAGUAGCCAAGAGUACUGUUUAUAGAGAUUUGAUCCAAACAAAGUUUUUGAAUGGCAUUGGUGAACAAAUUUAUGUGUUAAAAUUGCAAAACUUGUUAUUUUUCGGAACUAUUAUAUCCAUCGAAGAGAAAAUUGAUGAGUUAUUGGAAAUUUGUCAUAAGGACUCAUCAAGGCUUAGAAUCAAAUACUUAAUCCUUGAUUUCAAAAACAUUAAUGCUGAUAAUAUUGAUUACUCUGCCGCAGAGGGGUUCAAUAGAAUUAAAAGGUUCACUCAAACAAAGAAAAUUCAAUUGCUCAUAUCAUCUAUCAAGGAGAGGGAUCAUAUUUACAAAGCAUUUGAUAAUGUUGGUCUAUUGAAGGGAGUAGAGCUAUUUAAUGACUUAAAUAGCGCCCUAGAAUGGUGUGAAAAUGAAUUUCUUUUCAAAUAUAAACAAUUAAGAGAUAAAGCUAAAAGUCGAUUACAUAGAAAGCAAAUUAUUGAUAUUAAUGCAUCCAUAGGUAGUCAAAAAUAUCAAUUUACAGCAGGUAACGAUAAAAAAUCCAAUCUAGAUAUACCAAGAAAUCUCAUGUCUUUACCUAUUAAUACCCCACGUAAUCAUCAAAUACUGUCCGUUGCUCAAAAUGUAUUCCAAAAUGAAGAGCAAACUGUCAAGAAUUUGAAAACAGAACUUAAGGAUCAGGCUCCAUUCCUUCCCUUGUUGUUAUUUACAUUGAAACAGUAUAGACCUGGUAUUAUAUCUACAGAUAAAACCGUGAAAGAAAAUGAAAUUAAAUUUUGGAGCCAAUUAUGUCCCUAUUUCGUUAAAUUGCCUUUGGCUUCCCAAUCGACUUUGAUACAUAACAACAACAUAUUUUUCAUCGUGGAAACUGGGAUCUUAAAGGCAACAUUUAAUUUACCACAAGGCAACAUAUACGAAACAAUGUCCAACAGAACUUGUUAUGGGAAGAUAACUGGACAACAUAAUGAAUCCACUCUCAAAACGUUGACUAUAAGGGCAGAAAUUGAUUCUAUUUUAUGGGUCAUUGAUUCUGGUUCCUUGAUUAAGAUGAGGGCUGAAAAUGCUGAGUUAUUCACGGAACUAACAUUGCUAAUAAUGGCCGUGAAAGAUAACAGGUUCAAGGAACUAUUAGGGUAUACUCUGGUGAGCGCAUGA